AUGUCCAAUUCCAAAACCAACAUAUAUCCAUUUAAAAAUCAUCCCGAAAACGUGAGAUUUAAGUGGCCUGUUCAGCUUCUCCGCUACACGACCGAAAAUGGGCCUCAAGAAACAAACACCUUUUGGUACUAUUCUCGGCCGCAUGACCUACAUUCAGUCGACUUGAAGUGUGGAUAUGACCCAAUUAUACAAAAAGAAAGAGUCAAAAAAGCCUACGACCAAGACAAGUUCAAGAUUGAGUUUUUUCAAAAUGCAAUCAUAACAUACGAACAGUGGAGCCACAACCGCAUCAAAUCAGAUAUUGUGAUAACUCAUACGCUUUUCCAAGUGAUUGCUGGGUUCCCAUUUGAAAUACACGGUUCACGCAGCAAAAGACUCAAGUUAGUUGCACAAAUGUACAAUGGCCAGUUAUUUAUCACAGAACAACUCAAACCUUCUCCGGGGAAAAUUCACGAUAGUGAAGCUCUGUACAAAUAUUUUACACUACAGUUUCAGCAAAGCGUAACAAUAGAGACCCCAAAUCACCCGCAACAGCGAUACCAGCCGAUUGACAUGGAUACAAUACCAAGCCAGUACGCACUGAUGUUGGGAGGGGUCGGAGACGUGACAAUUUGGCAGAAUGCGUGGGCUCUAAACUUAGAAAAAGUUGAAGGGGAAGAGGCACUUAAUGAUGACAAGUAUUUUGAGUCCUUAGGCGGACAACUGUUGUGGAUUGAAGAUAUACCGAUUCUUCAAGCACCAAAAUGGGAUUUGUCAGAAGGAAUGAAAAAAGAAGGUGUUCUCUAUGCUUAUAACUGGAACCCUGAGCAGUGCAUUGGAUGGACCCGCGACGUGUUUAAGGCCAUUUUAGAUGCAGUCAAGGCACAAGAGGCUGACGAUUCGAGUGUGUUUAACAUUCAAAUUUUGCAGGAAGGACCUCUUAGAGUAACAAUUGAUGUUGAAAAAAUUCCUGAUGCAAAAGAAUUGAUUACUCCAAAGUUUAAAGAAUGGCGUGAAAAAAGGAAGGAUCUUUGA